AUGUUCAGCCAGACAGUCAACCCUGAGCCGUCCACGUCAGCGCCAGGCUGGAACGUCGGUUUCCUAGGUGGCAGCAGCAAGAAGCCAGCAGGGCAAGCCAGGGCAACAGGAGCAGCAUCAGGCGGAGGAACAGCAGGCGGAGCAGCAGCAGGUUCGGAAGGAGCACGUGGGGCAGCAGAUGAGUUAGCAGUCAUUGGGGGAGCAGAUGGGCUAGCAGUCAUUGGGGGAGCAGAUGGAGUAGCAAGAAGAGCAGCAAGAGGAGUGGAAUCAAAAGCAACACGAGCAGGGGGAGGGGGAGGGAUCAGUGGUGGGAGAGGAGCAGGGGCGAUUGGGGAAGCAGGGGGGGCGGCGGAGCUGAUUGGCAGACUGGCAGCAACAGCGGAUGUUGGGGGGGAGGGGGAUGGAGACGAGAUUGGGGGUGUGGGGGCGGGGAGGGGGGGAAUGGAGGCAGCUGCUGCAGCAGAGAAGGAGAGGGUGAGUGGGGAAGAGGGAGUGGGAGUGGCAGCUGCUGCAGCAGAGAAGGAAAGGGUGAGUGGGGAGACGAGGGCGGGGAGGAAUGGAGUGAAUGAUGGGGAUGGGAGAGAGGGCAACGAGCAUUUCAAGGCUGGGCGCUUUGAGGACGCCCUCUCCUGCUACUCUCAGAGCAUCGCCCUGCAUCCCACCGCUGUGGCCUUUGCCAACCGAGCCAUGGCAGCACUGAAGCUGGGCAGGUACGAGGAGGCCGAGGCGGAUUGCACAGAAGCGUUGGAUCGGGACGAUGAGUAUGUGAAGGCGCUCGCCAGAAGGGCCACAGCUAGACUCAAGCUCAUUCGGCCCAUCGACGCGCUGCAAGAUAUAAGCCAGGGCCUAUUGCUUGAUCCCGGCAAUAAGGAUUUGCUAAGGCAACAGGCAGAGGCGAAUGCGCUCCUACAGAAGCAGGCCAAGAAGGUGGGUGCUGAGGGGUUGAGAGCGGUUCUACAUGGUGCUGAGUGGGGAGUGGGUGUGAUUGCGAAGGCUCUUAAGGGAGGGACAGAGAGUAGCCAAGUCAUAGUGGCUGGGGUUUCAGGAGGGGCAGGAGGAUCAGGAGGCACUGCCAGUACUUCAGGGCUUACUACAGAUGUCACAGGCGGAAUAAGGGUUCAGGAGAUUAAGGAGAUUAGGGAGGGUAAAGAUGUUAAGGUAGUUCAGGAAAGUAAGGGGGCUAAGGGAGUUAAGGAGGUCAAUGGAGUAAAGAAGGCUAAGGAUAAGACUACGGAGGUGAAGGGGGUCCUGGAGAUUAAGGAGAUUAAGGGGGUAAAGGAGGUCAAAGAGGAGAAGACGGUUACAGAGGUUGAGAGGGGUACCGAGAGUUCAGAGGCCACAGAAUUUGUGGCUGCAGAGUCGGAGGGAGGUGCUGGGGAAGAUAAAGGGGUAGGUGAAGGGGGAGGUACAGGGGUAGGAGCGGAGGGAGCCGGUGCUGUUCCGCAAGGCGCAGGUGCUGCAGCCAUGGGAACAGUUGUUCCGCAAAGCGCAGAGCUCACAUCAGCACACCACGUGGCAGUGGCAGUCCAGCAGAGUUCCGUGUUGACUGAAAAGUCAUCACGGAAUGUUGAGCUGACUUCCGCACUCCCUCCCUCCGGCCUGCCUGUCAACCAUCUUCAAGGACUCUCCCCCACCGCCACUCUCACUCCGCCACUCUCACUCCUCCACUCUCCUCCACUCUCCUCUGCACUCUCACUCCUUCACUCUCACUCCUCCACUCUCACUCCUCCACUCUCACUCCACUCUCACUCCUCCGUCUCUUGCUCCCUCCGCUUCCCUCCCUGCUAUUAUUGUUACUGGAGUUCCUCCCCGCCUGCCUGCCUCUCACUUCCCUUCUCGCUCUAUCUCAUUCCCUCCCAUCCCCUCGCUGCUGCUCUCUCCCACCCUCCCCCUUUUUGGCAGUCCCUCCCGCCUGCCCGCCUCUCAACCAUCUUCAAGGACUCGCUCUCUCCGCCGCUCCUUGCUGCAGUGCUCUCCAUCAUCCUUUCAACUCUCUUCCGCACGGAUGCCCUAGCAGCCGUGGCUCUGCUCUCUGCCUUCCCUUCUGUGCCGCGCUUCCCCAUCCUCCUCGUCUGCAUGUCUGCUGCUGACAAGCAACUGGCUCUGCUCUCUGCCUUCCCUUCUGUGCCGCGUUUCCCCAUCCUCCUCGUCUACAUGCCUCCCGUUGACAAGCAACGUGAGUCUCACACGUAG